AUGGAUGUGUCUGCUGAUCAUAGUGUCUCUGCUGUUGCGACUACCAGCCAGGACUCUUUGUCCACGGUUUCGGAAAACGUGCCUGCUGUUGUUCAACCGGUUGUGGGUGCUGUUGUGUCGGAGACAGUCUCUGACUCCGUGCCGCAGUCGGUAACCGAUGUUGUUUCGCGCCCUAAUUCGGACUCUGUUGCCCCCACUGUGUCGCAGGCGGAGCCCUCUCCUUCUGUGCCUGCACCCGUCGUUGCACCCUCUGACGUUUCUGAGCCUCUUCCUGUUGCGGAAUCGAGCGAUGUUUUUGUGGAACCACAACCGCAGCGGGAUGAAGCUCGUUCUCGCAGUUCCAGUAGGCAACGCUUCCGCAGUGCCAGUAGCUCCCCUUCCUACGACAGAGGUUUCGCGCGAGGUGACCGUAGUCCGUCCCCAGUAGGGCGCCCCCCCGCCUCUUCUUGGGCGUCGCAACGCCGCGCCGGGCGGCGCGACCUCGACGUGGAGCUACGGCCGCCCCCGGCUGCCGGCUCCGGGCGUCAGCCGCCGCGCAAACAACAACAACAGCAGCAGCGUGCCUCCUCUCGCCACGCACAGUCAGCUGAUCUGAGUGUUGCAGCGCAGCAACGUGACGUUGCUGUUCGCCAUCUACGGACUGUGUUAAGUCAACCCGCCUCUGUAGAUGUGCCUGUUUUAGCGCCAGACACGGUUUCGGCUGUGACUGCGGCAUCUCUGUCGACUAAACGGAAGGCAGAGGAUGUACACCGUCGUCGCGCUGGUCCUUCUAUUCACGACCGCGUGUCGGUGCCUUCUUCCGACGUGGAGAUGUCCGUUAAGGAUUCUGUGUCGGUCGCUUCUGGCGUGACGGCUACUGCCACCCUGCCGCCCCUCUCCCCCUUCGAGCCUUCGGAGUGGGCGAAGGAUGUUGUGGAGGGUGGGGAGACGUAG